AUGCCGCUCAUCAACAAUCCGCUACCCUCUUCCAUGAAGAGUAAGUCGCUCUCACAUACCGCUGUCUCUGCACGCCUUCUAAUAUUCUGUAGGNNCGAGUGUAAGAAGACCGGCAAGAUCCUCGCGUCCUUCAUCGACCCUAAGCAGUCCUUCGGCCCUGACAAGAUCAUCCCUCCCCAAAUCCUCGCAAAUGCCAAAGGUCUCGCCAUCAUGACCGUCUUCAAGGCCGGCUUCCUCGCCUUAGGNUCCGCUCCUUCCGCAAUCGGUACUGUCGGUGGUGGUUUUGGUGGUCAAAUUGGUUUCGAACUUACCGACUUCGUCUUCAUUCUCAACGACGCUGCUGCUGUCCGCACCUUUGCCCAGGCUGGCAGUAUCACCCUCGGAGGCAACGUCUCAAUUGCCGCCGGUCCCGUCGGUCGCAAUGCUGAAGCCGCUGGUGCUGCCUCGCUCAAAGGUGUCGCUGGUAUCUUCGCCUACAGUAAAACCAAGGGCUUGUUCGCUGGUGUCUCCCUCGAAGGCAGUGCUAUGAUUGAGAGAAGAGAUGCCAACGAGAAGAUGUACAACCGUCGUGUCACUGCUAGAGCCUUGCUCGAGGGCGCCGUUCCCGUCCCACCCCAGGCCGAGCCUCUGAUGCGCGUCCUUAACAGCAGAGUGUUCGCCGGAGUCGCUGCAAACCAGGGCGACACUAUGUACAACGACAUUCCAGUCUACGAUGAAUCCCACGACGAUGUCAUCUGGCAAGGCAAGAGAGGUUCUGCUCACGGUGAAGGCGUCCGUUCAGAUCGUACAGGAGGCGGCUUCGGCGGUCCUUCGCGUGCCAGUACAUGGCAAGACGACGUCUACGACAGACAACCUAGCUUCGGCUCGCGCGCCAACCCCACCGAAACAUUCGAUCGCUUGGAGGCUUCUCGCGCACGUAGUAACAGCGCAUAUGCUGAUCAAGCCGAAUACUCGUACUCUGAUCGCAAGCCUUCCAGACCUAGUGCUCCCAAACCAACCUUCAGCGGCGCCAACAUCGCAACUCCCAAGCCCGGUCAGGCCAUUGCAAAGUUCACGUUCGAUCCUGAUCAGCCUGGUGACUUGGGCUUCAAGAAGGGCGAGAUCAUCACUAUUGUCAAGAAGACUGAUAACAGUAAUGAUUGGUGGACAGGCAGAAUUGGCACGAGGGAAGGCAUCUUCCCAAGCAACUACGUCGAACUCACUUAA